UCUCUGCGGAGUGGAACCGGGGUGAACUGAGGGACUGUAAGCCUUCUAGUGGCUGCCAGCUGUGCAGCUGAAAAUGUCCAGACCGUACAUCCGUGUUUCCGCGGCUUGCUCUCGCUCCGGCGCCGCGCUGCCGCUUUUUUCACAGGUUGCGUAAGUCCGCAGAGCAGCAGCGCCUCUCGCCUCGGAGCUCCGAGCAGAAGGAUGGAAGGGAGCGAAGGAGACGAGAAUGAGAGCUGCUCGGUGUGGAAACAGUUUCAAGCCCGGGCUAAGCCCCGGCUCAGUCCCAAGCUGGGCUGCCGAGAGCCGGAGGAGCAGAGCAAGCGCAGCAUGUGGAUAUUCAAGAAGACCAAACGGAAGGAGAACGUCGCUCUGGACCGGGUUCUGUCCUCCUCGCAGCCCGACCUGCUCUUCUCGCAGCUGGAAGGGAAGGCGCAGGAGGCUCCGCUCUGCGGCAAAGCGGCCGGGAGCGGCUCCCUUCUGGCCCGGGAGAAGCUGCACUCGUCCAUCAAGCGCAAGUGCUCCGGCUCGAGCAAGCCCACGGUGGCUCAGCUGGUGCAGUCCCACCACAAGAGCUCCUCGCUGGGCUCUGCGUGCCUGGAGCGGCUGACGGAGCCUCCGGGCGGCAGCCGCGGGCGCGACGCGGCAGCCGCGGCAGAGGCGGCGGCGGCGGCAGCGGCAGCGGUGGAAACCCAGCUGGAGAGGGAGCAGGAGCAGGCGGGCAUGGGGGCAUCCUGUCCCUCAGGGACCCCCACUGAAGCAGCCAACACCACCUCAGGGAUGUAUAAGCUGGAGAUUGAGCUGAAAAGAGGACACAACCUGGCCAUCCGAGACCGAGGAGGCACCAGCGAUCCCUACGUCAAGUUCAAACUGGCUGGUAAAGAGGUGUUCAGAAGCAAGACUAUCCACAAAAACCUCAACCCAGUGUGGGAGGAGAAGACAACACUUGUCGUGGACAGCCUGAGUGAGCCUCUGUAUGUGAAGGUCUUUGACUAUGACUUUGGUCUUCAAGACGACUUCAUGGGUUCUGCUUUUCUUUACCUGGAGUCUCUAGAACAGCAGAGGACAAUACCUGUGACUCUGGUGCUGAAGGACCCUCACCUCCCCAAUGAGGACCUGGGUUCUCUGGAGCUGGCAGUUACCCUGACGCCUAAAAACAGCCCCAUGGAGGAGCAGCGAGACACGGCGCAAGACCAGGUUAAGGUGUAUCGCUGGAAACCUUAUGUGAAUAAAACCAUGCUGCUCAGGAGGUCCUGGAAACGAUCCACAAAGCAGCAGCAGUCCAUGCGUCUCACUGAGGUGCAUCGGAAAUCCCAGCUGUGGCGAGGGAUCGUCAGCAUCACGUUGAUCGAAGGUCGGAACCUCACACCCAUGGACCCCAACGGCCUGAGCGACCCAUAUGCCAAGUUCAGGCUGGGACCACAGAAGUACAAGAGCAAGACGGUGCCAAAAACCCUGAGUCCUCAGUGGAGGGAGCAGUUUGACCUGCAUAUGUACGAAGAAACAGGAGGUAUUCUGGAGAUCACAGUGUGGGACAAAGACACAGGGAGGAGAGACGACUUCAUUGGACGCUGCCAGUUAGACCUCUCCACUCUGACUAAAGAGAAGACUCAUCACUUGGAGCUGCCGCUGGAGGAGUCCCGGGGCAUCCUGAUGCUACUGGUCACGCUGACCGCUUCGGCGGCGGUCUCCAUCGCCGACCUGUCCCUCACGCCACUGGAGGACCCGGAGGAGCGCAGAGACAUCCUCAAACGAUACGGUCUGAAGAGGUCGUUUGUUAAUUUAAAGGACGUGGGUAUCGUCCAGGUGAAGGUGCUGAAGGCAGAGGGACUCAUGGCAGCAGAUGUCACAGGUAAGAGCGACCCUUUCUGUGUACUGGAGCUGAAUAACGACAGACUGCAGACACACACUAUAUACAAGAAUCUCAGUCCUGAAUGGAACAAAGUCUUUACCUUCAACGUGAAAGACGUUCACUCAGUGCUUGAGGUGUCAGUGUUUGAUGAAGACAGAGACAGAAGUGCAGACUUCCUGGGAAAAGUAGCCAUUCCUCUUUUAAAUGUCCAUAACGGCGUCCAGAGAGCGUACGUGCUGAAGAACAAGGAGCUCACCGGUCCCACCAAAGGAGUCAUCUACCUGGAGAUCGAAGUCAUCUACAACACUAUAAAAGCUGCUUUGAAAACUGUGGUCCCGGCGGAACAGAAAUACGUCGAGGAAGAACCAAAGGUUUCCAAACAAUUGCUGCAGCAGAACUUUAACCGGGUGAAGCGGUGCAUCAUGGUCCUCUUCAGCUACGGUUCCUAUAUCAACAGCUGCUUUGAGUGGGAGUCGUCGCAGAGGAGCGUCGUUGCUUUUAUUCUCUUUGUGCUGGUGGUGUGGAACUUUGAGCUCUACAUGCUGCCCCUCAGCUUGGUUCUGCUGCUCGUCUGGAACUACUUCUUCUCAUCAAGCAGAGACAUGACUGAGACGUCCAUGGAGGCCAUGUUUGAAUGGGAGGAUGAAGAAGACGACAAAGAUGAAAAGGACUCGGAGCACAAAGGCUUCAUGGAUAAGCUGUACGCCAUCCAGGACGUGUUUAUCAGUGUGCAGAGCGCUCUGGAUGAGGUAGCAUCGUUUGGAGAGAGGUUAAAGAACACCUUUAACUGGACAGUGCCUUUUCUAAGCUGGUUGGCGAUCACUGCCUUAUGUUUGGCCACACUUCUGCUCUACCUCAUACCACUGAGAUACCUGGUGCUCGCAUGGGGUGUGAAUAAGUUCACCAAGAAGCUCCGCGAUCCGUACAUGAUCGACAACAACGAGCUCCUUGACUUCCUGUCCAGAGUGCCGUCUGAUGUUCAAAUGAUGCAGUAUUGUGAUCUGAGAGUGGAUCCUGGACAAAGCCCCAACAAGCGCAGGAGGACCAACCCGAGCUAGCUGGGAACUGUAAACAGUGUACAUGUAUUGAAAUGUGAAAUCUGGUUUCUUAACUGUGUCUCUUAACUGUAUAUUUGAUUCUGAUGAAGAGCUUUAAUUUCUGUUUGGUUGCUACCAAGCUGAAUUAUUUUCUAAAUAUUUGGCAGAAAAAGUGAUGUGAAGUUGUUUUUUUUGUUUUGUUUUUUUUUUAUCCCAUUUAGUUCUCUCCGCACAAUCUAACCUGCCAUGUUGACAUAGUGAAAAAGAUGUAUGUGUGUGUGUGGUCUGCAUGCAGCGCUGCUGUUGCAUGGAACAUGAACAGAAUUUGUUCAACGUGUCUGAAUGUUUUGUCAGCGGCUGACUUUCCUAAACCCAGAGCUGCAUGCUGUUUGUGCUGCUGGUAUUCCAUGGAUGUUCUGUGACGUCACCGCCUUCCUGGUGUAAUUCUGCCAGCACUGCAAGGUCCACUUUUCUACUACACGCUUGUUUUCUUUUUAUCUUCAUCAGUCAGCCACAUAAAUUAAUUCCACCUCACAUACACGCCAUUGAUUUUUUUUUUCUCGCGAUACGUGCUGCUGAAAGGUUUCUCCACUUAAAAUAAUAGUUUGGAGUUAAAAUUUGGGGUUCCAUGAGAGGUUAUCAGGAGUUAGAGAUUUACCCGCAGUACGUGGCUUUCUCAUCUAGGGUUUUUAUGGCACUAUGAAACUAAAGCAGAUUUCAGACCAUUUUGAUCAGUUCAAAUCUCAGGAAUAUUAUCUCAGUUUAUCUGAAUGCUGUUUUAUAAAACUUAACGUCCCAUGCCAUUUACAGUAGAUGUUUAUUUACAUCAAAGAGGUAGUUCUGGUUCUUUUAGAUAGAGGCUCUGGGAGGUUAUAGUUAUAGUUCCCUUACCUAAAGUAAAAUGACGGUAUAAUCGCAGUGCGUUUGUAAAAAAGGAAGGUCAAUUUUUAGUUUAAGUUGUUUAAAUAGCUACGAUCACCUGAAAGAGGGGUCAGCUGUUGGCCUUUCUCCACUCUGUGGAUUUCCUUCUUUCUAAAGUGAUGAAACAUUGUUCUACUUCAUGUUAGGGAACAGUUACUGUUAUUAACUGGAGAGAAUUUCACUUCAGAAAACCCAAUCCAUUUCUUUAAUGUCUACGUUUUUUAUAAUGUUUAUUACGGUAUCUUCCAUUCAUGAAACAUGGUAAACAUACCCACCGUUUCAAGAUGGCAGGAGUCCACUUUCAUCUUAGUCCCACUUUUUACCGAUUUUAGCCACUGUAGAAAACUAGUCUCUGCACAGGUAAGAUAUUAGCUGCUUUUAACCUCUCAGCAAGACCCGCCGCCAAUAAUUGAAGCUAUCCUUCGUCUUCCUCUUUUCUUCCUCUUAUCCGGGAUCAGGUCACGGGGGUAGCAGUCUUAGUAGGGAGGCCCAGACGUCCCU